GGAGGGGGCGGUGAAAUGCAGCCUUUGCAUAGCUGCCACCAUGCCCGGCCGUUUAAACAAAGGAAGAGUUUCGCAACCAGAGUGGAAGAAGUUGCAGGCAUUCGAGGGAAAUUCCCAACGAAAGUCCCUGUAAUAGUUGAAAGGUAUCAGAAAGAAAAAUACCUGCCUCUGCUAGACAAAACAAAGUUUCUUGUACCUCAGGAGCUGACCAUGACACAGUUCAUAACCAUCAUACGAAGCAGAAUGGCACUGAGUGCUACUCAAGCUUUCUACCUGCUGGUAAACAACAAGAGUUUAGCAAGUAUGUCUCUCACCCUUGCCGAAGUAUACCGGGAUUACAGAGAUGAAGAUGGCUUUGUCUACAUGACUUAUGCUUCCCAGGAGAUGUUUGGAGGCUUCCUGGCCAUUGGCAAAGUACAACAUAAGGAAUGUCUCCUAAAAACUUAAGCAUUCUCUCUGUUGCAGCUGGGCAGCUUAGCUGUGAAUCAUGCAUGUUACUUGAAGAUGAAAGGUGCUCUGUCCAGUUGGGCUCUGAAAGAUUAACGGCACAGGAGUUGGCACGACCCAGCCAAAGAAGCCGUCAUAAAAUAAACCAUCGCAGGCAAUGACAUGGACAGAUAUUUUGUAGUUGGCAGCUUGUUUGCCAAAACAAAGGGACCAGGAGUAUGUUUCAGUUAUGAAACCAUUUUUAAACGUGUUAUUACAAGUGGAAAGCAGUGGAAAGCAAAUAAGCAAUUUUUAAAACCAGGUGGGCAGGAAUUGUCUGCUUAGCAGCUAAGAAUUCUAUAUGCACUAUAGACUCUUCCAUAGUUACUGGAGCAUUCCUUGUUUCUAAACUGCUUGGCUGAGAAUGGCGAAAUAGAGCCAUUGUCUGCUUUUCUAUGUCCUUGCUUCCAUCAAUGCCUCCAAGAGAAAUACUGUCUAAGAGGGCAUUGAACCGUUAACUUUACAAGAUCCCUCCUCCUCCAAACAGGAUUUUACUCGCUUUCACCACACAGCACAGCCCAGCUCCCUCCAUGGGGAUUUGGUCAAGAAUGCAAGUACUUAUGUGACAACUUGCAGCGGCUUGACUUGGGUAGAGGAGGAGGGUAAACCUCUUGUGUUGAGGCAGCAGUUCUUGCAUCGCUAGCAGUAGCUUUAUCGUGAGGCUGUUGAACAGCCUUGCCUUUUGAACUCUGUCCUGGGCUUUGACUUAAUUUCGGAAGAUAAGAGGAAUGUACAGAAGUGAAGCUUGUUUGUCCACCAGAUAUUUCUCCCUAUUGUAGCUCAAAUAGUGCAAGGGGAUUAGGAGCUACCUAGACCAAAGUCUGCUGAUAGAAUUAACCCUUUAGCAAUGCAGUGCUUAAGAGGGCUGCAUCUCAGUGGAACUUAACUGACUUGCAUUGCAAACCUGCACAGCAGUCCUACACAGGUCUGUUCAGAAGUAAAGGUAAUCCCAAACCCUAAGUGCCUUAUUCCUAGGUAGUUGGGUAUGAGAAUACCCAACUACCUAGGGUCUUAAUAGGAUGACUGUUCUCCAUCUUUACCAAAUUGCUGCAAUGGGGAGGGAGUUGUUUCAGAUGUAGAUGUUCAUGGCUGAAAGAGUAUUUUUAAACGUGAUUACCGUGAACUGGAGAUGAACAUCACCUUGCUGUGCCAUCCAGCUUGGCUCAGUUGCUAACUCCAGGCAAAACUGCUGUGAAAACUGACCCUAAGAUAAGCAGUACCAAAUCACCAUGACCAGUCUAGUGCAGCCUGCCUGGUUCCUCGUAGAUGUUUGAACAGCAACGCCCAUUGGCUAUGGCUGAUACGAACUAGGAGGCCAAAACUUCUGUAGCAGCCCAUCUUGCGGGAGGCUGAUUGAAUAGAACUAAGGUAAGGAUCCUACUGGAGUGUAUCUGAAGCAUUUUGCAAAAUGAAUAUGAGCUUCGAUAUGUUGAGAACUAGAACUGCAACUCUUAUUCACCUGUAUUUUUAUACCUACCAGUUGUGUACCCUCAAAGCCAUGUUCCUUUAUCCUUUUUAUGUUUGACCUGCACUUUCUCUUUGAAGAAACCUUGUGCUGACCUAUAAAUUGGCAUGCAUUCCUGCUUAAAAAGAAGACCGUGCGGAUGUUGUCAUUGCUGUCCCAACUGCAUUUGCAACUCUGCUUGCAGCUGGUGUGGGCACUUACAAGCAUAUGUAUUUUGUUGAAUGCCUUUUGGUUGUAUUGGGGGAAGUUGCUGUUCUAGUGAGUUUUAGACAUCAUGGAACUGACGGUGCUUUGGAAGAGCCACAAAAAUACAUGCAAAAGAUGAAGACUCGGAGUAGCUGAAAUGGAGUUGUCACAAGGGAAUUUUUGGUUGUAGCUGUCUGCUUUUUGUUUUCAUCUCUUUGCUAUAUGAGAAACUCAAGUCAAAUUGUGCUUUCAAGUUUUUAAACUCUGCAUUGCUUCUCAAGUAGUCAUCCUUGUUUCCCUACAGGAAAGGGUUGAAACAGUGUGGUAUCACCAUGCUAAGGAUUGACUGAAGGAAAAAUAAAAUAAUGCAAUUCUG